CGGAUUGGACCCGUGAUCUGUCAAUCACCAUCAUCAUUCAGACGCUUUCAUGGCCGGGCUAAAUACUGUCAACAUCGACGCAUCUUCAUUCCCACCGCUUUUAAAAGCCACAUAGGGUUUGUGGUGUAUGAGAUGUCCAUGUACAAACUCUUUCUGCUGAGACAUGGGGAGGGGGCGUGGAACCGGGAGAACCGUUUCUGCAGCUGGGUGGACCAGAAGCUGAGUGAGGACGGCGUGAAGGAGGCCCAGGAUUGUGGCCGGCUCCUGAAAGAGUUGGGCUACAACUUCGACCUGGUGUUCACUUCCAUCCUCAGCCGCUCCAUCCAGACGGCCUGGCUGGUCCUGGAGGCAAUGGGGCAGGAGUGGGUCCCCGUGGUGAAGUCGUGGCGACUCAACGAACGCCACUACGGAGCCCUGAUCGGUCUGAACCGAGCGGAAAUGGCCGCCCGGCACGGGGAGGAGAAGGUGAAGCUGUGGCGGAGGAGCUACGACAUCACACCGCCUCCAAUAGACGAAUCUCACCCGUACUUCAGUGAAAUAUACACCGAUCGCAGAUACAGCACGUGUGACGUGAAGAAGGAGAAGCUCCCCCGGGCUGAGAGCCUGAAGGAGGUCUUGGACAGGCUGCUGCCAUAUUGGGAAAGCACUGUGGUACCGGAGAUAUGCCAAGGCAGGACGGUGCUCAUUGCGGCUCAUGGAAACAGCUGCAGGGCCCUGCUCAAACACCUGGAAGGGAUUUCAGACGAGGACAUCGCCAGCGUGACUUUGCCGACCGGGAUUCCAGUGUUGCUGGAGCUGGAUGCACAGCUGAAGCCUGUGAAAGGCCGCCAGCUCCUGGGAGACCAGCAAAAAAUCCAGGCGGCCAUUAAGAAGGUGGAGGAUCAGGGAAAAGCCAAAGCCUCAACUUGAACCGGGUGUAAGGUGUUGUGCGGGUCACGUUGGCCUUAGCUGGUACGGGAUAGCGCUUUCUUCAUGUAAGAAUUAAGAAAAAGUAAAUGACAGUGACUGGAGACAAAUUGAAAGCGAGGAGAAAGUCUUGAUGUGAAAGGGACGCGUGUGUCGGACCUGCCACGGUGGACAAGACGCUUUCGGUUGCUCGUCUCCAAACUGACGACACUGAUGCGCUUUGGUAACAUUUAUUCAUUAAAGCUAAAAUGUGAUGCAGAAUUUAUUUAACCUCCUUUGUUCCAUGGGUUACAUUUAUUUAACUACUUGCGAGUUAGCCUCAGUGUUAUUAACCUUGUGUCAAUUUAGCAUGGACCGAUGCCUCAUUGUUGGUCCCUUCAAGGGAAAAAAAACAAACAAAUAAACAAAAAUGCAACAGGUGAUGCCACGUACGUUUAAAUAAAUGCUCCAGGUGAGGUUACACCCUUCUUUGCAUUACAAAAAUAAUGUGUGACUCAUCCCGGCCUCGACUGUGACUCCUUUGCAGAGGACAGUCCGGACAUUUUCUCUCAACACUGUGAAGGAACAA